GACAGCACAGCCGGCCCGGCACUUCCAGGGGUGCGGGAGCGACGCUCCCUCUCCAGCUGUGCGCUCCACCUCCGCGGCCCUGCGCGUCUAGAUUGGGAUCCCCCGCGGGCAGUCGGGGAGAAGCAAGCACGGAGGAAGAAUCCAGAGUUAACCUGGGACAGGUGCGCGUAGGGGCGCAGCGGAUUCGGCCCCGCGCAGCCGGUGCUAAACCCUAGCGCCUGAGCCCCGAGCGGGGAGCCCUCCCGAAGGGGCCCCCUGGACCUUGGCACCGCGCCCUUCGCUCAGCACCACCCGCACCCUCGGCAGCGGCAAAGAGGGGUCUCCGGUCAAGGGCAGGGAUCUGCGGCCAUGGCCGAGACCGCGGAGCCGGAGGGAGGCGCUCCGAGUCCCCAGGGGCCGCCCGAGGGCUCAGCGCUCCUGGAGGAGAGACCGGGAGAACCGGACCCCGCGGGCCCGGAGGCGAGCGAGGGAGCUGCAAAGGCGCCCAGUGGCGAGGGGGCGGGCGCAGCCGCCAAGGCCGGGGCUACGGAGGAAGCAGGCGGCGGGCGGGACGGAGAGGGCGCCGGCGAGCAGGCGCCGGAUGCUGGCACAGAAUCUGGGGGCAAGACGCCGGACGCGAAGGGGGCGCAGAGCGAGUCGGAGGGCGCCCCGGAGGGCACCAAGGCCCCCCAGCUAGGGGAAGAGGGGAGCGGCGGGAAGCAGGUGGAGGAGUCGGGCCCUGACUGCGAGCUGCGGGGCGAGGCUGCCGGGGAGGCUGAAGGGCAGGCCGCGGCCCCUGCGGCCCCAGGGGCGCAGGAGGAGGCGGUGCCGGGGGACAGCGUAGACGCGGAGGGCAGCAUAGACGCGGGGGGCAGCGUGGACGCGGCGGGCAGCGUGGACGCGGGGGGCAGCAUAGACACCGGGCGCAACGUGGACGCAGGGGGCAGCAUAGACGCGGGGGGCAGCGUGGACGCGGGGGGCAGCAUGGACGCGGAGGGACCGGCGGGAGGGGCGCACGGGGCCGGAGGUGAACCCCAGGAUCUUGGGGCUGGCAGCCCCCAGCCCAGGUCCGAGGCGGUUGAGGUCGCGGCGGCGGAGAGCGAGGGGCACAGCCCAGGGGAGUCUGUGGAGGACGCAGCCGCGGAGGAGGCGGCGGGGACCCGGGAGCCGGAGGGGUCCGAGGACGCGGCGGGCGAGGACGGGGACCAGGGCCGGCCCCAGGAGGAGACGGAGCAGCAGGCGGAGAGGCAGGAGCCGGGCCCCGAGACGCAGAGCGAGGAAGAGGAGAGGCCCCCGGAUCGCAGCCCCGACGGGGAGGCGGCCGCGUCCACGCGGGCUGCGCAGCCGGAGGCGGAGCUCAGCAACCACCUGGCGGCGGAGGAGGGCGGCCAGCGCGGCGAGGGGCCGGCGAACGGCCGCGGGGAGGACGGCGAGGCGUCGGAGGAGGGGGACCCGGGCCAGGAGCACGACAUCACCCUCUUCGUCAAGGCUGGCUACGAUGGCGAGAGUAUUGGAAAUUGCCCGUUUUCUCAGCGUCUCUUUAUGAUCCUCUGGCUAAAGGGUGUUAUAUUUAAUGUGACAACAGUGGACCUGAAAAGGAAACCCGCAGACCUGCAGAACCUGGCUCCUGGAACAAACCCUCCCUUUAUGACUUUUGAUGGUGACGUCAAGACAGAUGUGAACAAGAUCGAGGAGUUCUUAGAGGAGAAAUUAGCUCCCCCGAGGUACCCUAAGUUGGCGACCCAGCACCCUGAAUCGAACUCGGCAGGAAAUGAUGUGUUUGCAAAGUUCUCAGCAUUUAUAAAAAACACCAAGAAGGACGCCAACGAGAUUUAUGAAAAGAGCCUGUUGAAGGCCCUGAAGAAGCUGGAUGCUUACCUAAAUAGCCCUCUGCCGGAUGAGGUAGACGCCUACAGCACGGAGGACGUUGCCGUUUCUGGAAGGAAGUUCCUGGACGGCGAUGACCUCACACUGGCCGACUGCAACCUCUUACCCAAGCUCCACAUUAUAAAGAUUGUGGCCAAGAAAUACAGGGAUUUUGAAUUUCCUCCUGAAAUGACUGGCAUCUGGAGGUACUUGAACAAUGCUUACGCCCGGGAUGAGUUCAUCAACACGUGUCCAGCUGACCAGGAGAUUGAGCACGCGUAUUCAGAUGUUGCCAAAAGGAUGAAGUGA